AUGGCCGCAAACCUAGAACCUGGCUUUUUUCGCUUGAUCCUCCUAUCGCCAGGUCAAUGGGACGAUGAAAUUCGUUGCACACUCAUCCCUUUCAACCGCUUUCGAGAUACAUACCCCCCCUACAAGGCCUUGUCAUACGUCUGGGGGCGUUGGAGUCGAACCCCCCCAAAGAUCCGUGUGAAUGGGCGUAACGUCAAAGUGACGACCAACCUCGCAGUCGCCUUGAGACACCUGCGGCAUGGGGAAGUGGACAUGGCUCUCUGGAUUGAUGCUCUUUGCAUUGACCAGAGCAACACCGAAGAGCGAUCAUCCCAGGUUGCUCAGAUGCGUGACAUUUACAGCACUGCUGUCGAAGUCAUUAUGUUCCUCGGCAGUGGGCUUGAUUACGGUGUCUCAAGUAACCACCAUUCUUCCCGAGACCUGCGCCCGCUUCACAUAUUCGAUGGUGGCAAACCCGAUUUCUUGCUUGCAAGCCAGUACAUCGACGCUUGGAAGACAUCACCCUUGAAGAAGCCCGUUCAGGCCCUGGAAGUCUUUGCCUUCUUGACUAUCAUGAGUUGGUCCAAGAACUCCCUAAACCCGCUCGGAGUUCUAGAGGAUAUUCCUGAGGCUCACAUGGCUGCGCUUGCCGAGGCGUUGCGACGUACAUUACUUGCUCCCUGGUGGGAUCGCAUAUGGGUUGUCCAGGAGGCUGUUGUUGCCAACAGGCUUACCGUGAGAUACGGCAAUGUUACCGUUCCAUGGAAACUGCUAGUCGGAGCUGCAGAGGUUCUAUCUGGCUGGGAGUCUAUUUAUACGAAAAAUCCCGGCUCCCUCUCGACCACCGACCUCAAAGUCUUCAAUCUUUCCUCGCGCAUAUUAAACUUGGACAACUUCCGCACACAAUGGUUCCAGUCUCGAGGAACAAAUCUCCUACUCCUCCUGCGAUACUUUGGAUCUCGACGGGCUUCUGAUGAGCGGGACCGAGUGUAUGCUCUCGUAGGAUUGUGCAACGAAGCAACAAUCUUUCGGCCCGACUACAGCUUACAGGUGGCUGAGGUGUACAUGGCACCAGUAAUCGUGGCUAUCAGGAACACCGGGUCGCUCCAUGUUCUGAUGGGAGACCACAGUCGCAAAGGAAGGCAAGAUAUACCAUCUUGGGUUCCUGAUUGGAGCGCAGAACGUGAAGAGCUGGAGCGGCAGCGUAUCGAACUUUCCACUCUAUAUGAUGCCUGCAAGGGCAUCAAGGUCCUAUUAACGACGGAGAACGACUCAGUACUGAAUUCGAUUCGUGACGAUCUAGAUUCCCUUCUUGGCAGACUCAAGGCUGAGCAAGACCCUGAACGCCUUCUCAAGGAGGAAUAUGCUCCGGUGCUACGCGAUCUGUCGAGCACCAGAUUUACACACUCGCCAUUCGACCGGCUGGAGAUUGGGCCCAUCUGUGCUGAAUUAGCAAUGUAUUGUCACCAAUAUGGUCGCAGAGAACUCCCGAAAUACAGCAUAAUCGUGCACAAUGGACGGUCCCUCAGAAUCGUUGGCAGGAGAAUUGGGACUGUAUCAAAAACAACAGAGCCAUUGUAUGAGUCUCCCAAUGCGAACACAGCGGUCAAAAUGCUUGGUGAAUGGGCAAAAGUGGCUCGAGCAAGGCCUGUUGGGUGUGAGGAUGACAACUUUGUGAGAACCAUCUUCUCAGACAUCAUGAAAAACCCAAAUGGGUCCCUGGAACGGCUGCAGUGGGACGGAGGAUUUGUUCCAGGGGGAGAUCCAAUGGAGACACUCAUACAAAUCUCUGAAGAUUACGACCAGUUCUCAGACGUCGUACGGAUUUCAACAACCAAGCGAGCAAUGUUCUUCAUCAACGAUGUUGACAAAUUUUACUCAGAAUCGAUCAAAUCCCUCGACGAGCAGGAACUGCUUCUCGCCGAGAGUGAGAAGGUGUUAGAUCAAAGCUUCGAAAAAGAAGCUCAUAUGGAUUUGCUCCGACAGCAUAAGAGGAUUAUUGAUGAGGCUAAGCUUCUCCAACAUAGCGAAUUCCUUAAGCUUAGGGAAGACAUCAUGAGGAACGAAGCUGAAAGCCUGGCGAAAUUUUUUAAACAUGCGGAAAUGCUACUUGAUAACCGUUCGGCCCAUUUCUAUCUGGGAUUAUCUACCCAAGAAGAUGAAGGAGUACUCUACGAACGAGAUAUAGGGAAACACGGGAAAUCGACUCAGCUGCAAUACCAUAGGAAAGAAGAAUUUCGUGAAGAGCAACAGGACAUGAUCGAUGAACACAGGAGAUUGCUCCGCCGACAGAGAGAUAUCAUCAUACAAAGCGAACAAUUGUUCAACAAAAGCAUUGAAAAACAUCGCCUCCAAAGAGAAGAUUCCUAUUAUUGCGACAAAAGCUUCUUUGCCAAGUACGGGCAUAUGGGCAUGGGCCCAAUGCUUAUGAAAGAGGGCGAUGAAGUAUACAUUCUGCCGGGGAGCAGGGUGCCAUUGGUUCUACGACUGGAAAGCUGCUGCGAAAACCGGACUUGCUCUCACUCGAUACGAAGAUACCGACUGAUUGGCGACUGUUUUGUUCAGGGCGCAAUGGAUGAUGAACUUGGCUUGAACGGCUUAGGUAUCCUUACUAUUGAUGACGAACCGUCUGGACGAAACUUGUGGAAGACUCAAGUUGAUAGAUGCAAACAUCGGGGUUAUAUUGAUAGUCACAUCCCAGCUGGAGUAGGAAGUCUGGUUGCUUUAGAGAUUAUAUGA